AUGGAAACUCAUGACAAUUAUAGAAGUUACCACAAUAAUAAUUCAAGUUUCUUUGAACCUAAAUAUUUCUUAAUGUCUAUGAUAUUGUUGUUUGUCCUUUAUUUUAUUGUAAAAAAUAGCAAUAAUAAGAGAGAGCCAAUCAAAGUAAUAAUCUGAUGUAUUAAUAUAGGAUAGAGUUUGGAGAAAGUUUGCAUUUUCAUAUUAGGAAAUGAUGAAUACAUUUGAUAGUACAGAUAAGGAACUUCUAAAAAAUACUUUUCAUAAUACAAUCUUUAAUACUAAGCCAUCUCUUGUUAUGAAUGAUGUUAGAAAACUCAAUAAAAAAAAUCUUAGCGUGUAAUUUGAUUUAAAUAAAAAUGUAACACAUUUAUUUCAAUAUAAUGGAUAUUGA